ACCCGCCACAGCGACCGCCCGAAUUUUUUUCUUAUUCGCUUCCAAGCCACCGUCAACCACAGGAACUCUUAAAUUCAACCACCCGCGCCACCACCAGAACAGACAACCAUGGCGUCAGAGUCAGAUGUGCACGGUUCUUCUCCUGUGCCGACCCUCCCCCAACCCAACGACAACGGUCGCUCGCAUAUGUCCUCUCUCUCCUCAUCCUCCUCCAUCUCAGACGCCGAAACCGAACGCAGAGGUCGCUCCGAGAGACCUCGCAUGGCCAGUCGGAAACCGAGUGCUUCGAUACUUGUGCCUCGAGAUCACCCCGAAAUCGAAAUAGAAGAAGAAGAAUUCCCGCCGGACGACGCGCGCGCCAUGAGUCCCCGACGCAACUCCGCCGAUCUGGAACGACUGGGCAAGGAAGCGAGGCAGACACUACAGGAACAAGCCAAGGCCCUCCAGUCGUCCCUCCAGGCGCUCGCCGAACGCAUCGAAGCCGUCAAAUCGGAUCACGACAAGCUCGAAAGCGAGAACCGUUUCCUGCAAGACUACAUUGGUGGAUUGACCCGCAACAUGACCAAAAGCGAGAUGACGAGGAGUAGCACCAAGGUCAAAAAGGCGCAGAAAUAGCUACGACGCCGUAUCACUCUCCCGGCGGUUUGGGACAGGCAACGGUCGGAAAUCCGCUGUCUGGGAAGAACGCGGGCGAUAAGGUCGGACGCACGAGAUU